GUGAGGACUGAUUGUAGUUUGUAAUAAUUUUCCAGAAUGUGAUUCUAUAUCAUGACGUGUGCCUAUGGUACAUAUACAUUUCAACAGACUGGGAUAUUGAAAUAUGUGAUAGCUCUGAGAUAAGUCUACGUAUGAAAUAUAUAUUCUUAGUGCACUGCAUAGGAAUCGUAUGCUGUGGAGGGCCAGACAACUGAGCAGUUGGAACAUUCCUGAUCACGCGAGUGGGCAUACAGUCACUUGGAAAGCAACAAUGCAAGAGCAGAUGGCGCAAAGAGAACAGGGGCAGGACAGGGACCACAACUGCUCAAAAAUAAUGAAACAGUUGCUGAGUAAGGGGGCUAAUGUGAAUAUUACAGAUAACAGUGGAGUAACACCAUUGCAUUUAAUUGCUAAAAUGGGGUACGUAAAUGUGGCCCGUGAUUUAUUGAAUGCGGGCGCUAGAGUGAAGAAGAGAUGUGGUGCUGGACAGACACCGCUGUAUGUAGCAGCUGUAAGUGGGCAUGUGGAGGUGGUACGUGAGUUGCUGGGUAACGGGGCCGAUGUGAAUAAAUGGGAUCGGCAGAGACAGACGCCGUUGCUUGUGGCAACUAAAAGUGGGCAUGUGGAGGUGGUACGUGAGUUGCUGGGUAAGGGAGCUGAUGUGAAUCUUGUGGAUAAUGAGGCAAGAGGACCGUUGCAUUACGCAGCUAAAAAGGGAAACGUAGAAAUGGUACGUGAGUUACUGACUAAGAGCGCUGAUGUCAAUCUUGGGGAUGCUGACUCAAAAGGACCGUUGCAUUACGCAGCUAAAAGGGGGCAUGUGGAGGUGGUACAUGAGUUGCUGGGUAAGAGUGCUUGGGUGGAUAUUUCGGAAAAAUCUGAACGGACACCGCUGCAUUUAGCAGCUAUACGUGGUCACGUGGAGGUGGUACGUGAGUUGCUGCGUAGUAACGCUAGCGUGGAUCCUGCAGAUACAUAUGAACAGACACCGUUGCAUCAUGCAUCUGGAAAUGGGCACGUGGAGGUGGUGCGUGAGUUGUUGCGUAAGGGUGCCAAGGUGAAUUUUGCAGACAUUUACAAAUGGACACCACUGCAUUUCGCAUGUGACAGUGGGUACCCGCAAGUGAUCCGGGAGUUGCUGAGAUACAAAGCUAGUCCAGAUAUUACGGAUUACCGUGAACGGACACCGUUGCUUUUAGCAGCUAAAAGAGGGCAUGUGGAUGCAGUACGAGAGUUGCUGAGUAACGGCGUUAGUUUGAAUAAACAAAAUCGUAAAGCACGGACACCAUUGCUUCUAGCAACUAAAAGGGGGCACACAGAGGUGGUGCGGGAGUUGCUAAGUAACGGCGCAUGUGCCAAUAUUGCGGAUAAAGAUAAACGGACACCGUUGCACUUAGCGGCUGGGAGUGGCCAUGUAGAAAUAGUAAGUGAGUUGCUGGGUAACGGCGCUAUUGCGGAUAUUGCGAGUUGUACGGGGUGUACACCGUUGCAUUUAGCAGCUAAAAGAGGGCAUGUAGAUGCAGUACGCGAGUUGCUGAGUAACGGCGCUUGUCGUAAUAAACAAAAUCAUAAAGCACGGACACCAUUGCUUCUAGCAACUAAAAAGGGGCACAUAGCAGUUGUACGCGAGUUGCUAAGUAAGGACGCUAAUGUUAAGAUAAACGGACACCGUUGAUUGAGGCAUUUAAAUGUGGGCUUGUAGACAUGGUACCUGAGUUACUGAGUAACGGCGCUAGUGGGGAUAUUGCGGACAUAGUUAUUCUCACAGCCUAUGAUAUAAUUUUCGUUUUAGGAUUCCCAGCGCUGUUCUGCGAAAGUUCCACGAACAUUGCAAGUGCAGAAAAUAUUACAAGACCAUGAAUUCGCCACAAUCAUGUUUCUAAAUUUGAUCACAAUCAUACUGCGCACAAAUUUGAUGAGCAUUUUCAUUUAACCCAGGAAAUGCACUAGUUCAUGUGAAUUUAUGUACAAUAUUAAGACUAUGGCCAAGCUUUUUUUGAGAGAUCAGUAAAAUUUCAGUAUGAAGCCUGCAGCAGACACAAGAAUACUGAAACUAAUAUUGGCACAAAUUAAGCAACACACAAAGGUUUACUAAUAUAUCAUGUGACAAUAAUUAUGACAAAGGAUAUUAUUCUGUGGACCCAGUACUAUGUGUAUUUUAAUAACCAAAAUAUUCUUUGCUUAAAAUCUGCAAUCCAAUCAGAAUAAUGCCACAAAUUAUAUAAUUUUCAUUUUGACACAUUUUGCCACGUGUAAGUUUCUCCUUACAUGGGAAGCCUUUUUGCAAUGGUGAUGAGUGCCUAGCAAUUCCCAUUUCGCAGUCAGAUGAUCCUGGGUUCAACCCUAAUUCUGCAGAGUGAAGAUCCAGACAUAUUUUAUGGUUUCUUUAAUCCCUUUUUAAACAUUUCCAAUUUAUAUGCUCUAUUAUCCCACAAUGUCACUCUAUACAAUCUGAGCUGCAUCAGCUGAGGGAGGUGUGACAUUGCACUCCUGUGUCUCAAGUGUGGAGUCCUCUGUUUGCUCCCCCCACAGGGUCCAGAGUUCACACUACAGUUACACAGAACUGAGGCUGAAGCAUUUGGAGGGUGCAACAUUUUGUCAGCAACGAGCUAUGUAAUAAUUGCAUAUAAAUACAGAAACAAUG